AUGACCAAAGAAUCUAGUGCAAUUAUUCAAAGGAACUUGUCAACAGAGAAGAAAUAUCCAAGGAGUUUUCAAAUUUCCUGUAUUAUUGACAACACCACAUUUGAAAGAGCAUUAUGUGAUUUGGGGGCAAGUAUUAAUUUGAUGCCCUUAUCUAUGAUGAAGAGGCUACAAAUUCAAGAAUUGAAGCCCACAAAAAUAGCUCUACAAUUGGCAGACAAAUCAAUGAAGCUUGCACAUAGGAUAGUUGAAAAUAUCAUAAGUAAUGUGGGAAAAUUCUUCCUCCCAGUAGAUUUUGUUAUUCUUGACAUGAAGAAAGGUGAGAAUGCCUCCAUCAUUUUACGAAGACCUCUUUUAGCCACUGGGAGAGCCCUUAUUGAUGUUGAAAAGGGUGAACUAAUGCUAAGGGUGCAUGAUGAACAUUUAAUUUUCCAUAUUGUCAAGACCAUGCAUCACUCAAGUGAUCAAGAAGAUUGCAAGAAGGUCAAAGUCAAGGAUCCAAACUUGAGGGAAACACCUAAUAAAUCACUUUCAAGAACUCCUUUUUCAUGCUUGGAAAGAAAAAAAGAGAAAAAGAAGGCGCAACAAAUUGAAAACUCAAUUGAAACUAACAAGAGCUUGCAACCAAAGCCUUCCUUUACAAUCAACAAACCCCCUGACAUCAAACUUAAGUUUGGUGUUGAGUGUGCAUCAAAUAAGGAGGAAGCUCCCAAGAAAAAGGUGCAUAAAGAGUGGAAGAAAAAGAAAAUUUCUACUGUAGAUUUCUCACCAGGGGAGAAAGUGAUGUUAUCUCACCAUCUAUUAUUGCCAUAUAUAGUGAACGAAGUUCUAUCUCUUGAGCAUAUUGAGCUAUUACAUGAAGACACAGGGAGGAGAUUCAAAGUGAGAUAG